UAGAUUACACACCUGGAUGGCAGGUGAUGGGUUAAAGGUGGGGACUUACCAGGCAGAGAACACCCACUGAAGUUUCAUCUGAAACUCUCAUAGAGGACACAGACAAAGCAUCACCUUUUUGGAUCAUCGAGUGAGAAUAUUAGGAUUUAGUUUGAUAAAUCAAUUAACUGGAGGAUUAUUUUCUCAGACCUGAUCACACAAACUAUUUAGUUUUUCUCUAAUUUGGAAAAUGGGUCUUAAAUCAAAUCUGAAACUUAUUGGGGAAGUUAUUUUGUACGAAUAUUUUGAUGUAUGAGGAAGUUGAAAAUUGUGGUCAGAAAUAAACCCCGCAUAAUUGACUUCCCUUUUUAAAUUAAUUUGGAAAGAUUCGCCUGUCUGUAACUGAGUGAGCACUAGAGAGAUGGAUCUGCAAUUGUUGGUGGUAGCCGUCUGGGCAACACUGUGUAUGUGUGAAGUGGCCUGGUCUCAGCCAUUAUUAAACGAAGCCUGUCUGGACAACUUCACUAAGGGGAAAGCAGACUUUGUACUAGAUCUCGAUGACUCUGUGAAGACCGGAGCCGCCUUCUUGGGAUCAGCCGAUUUACAUAGUAGUACUGAAUGUAUCCAAGCUUGCUGCAACACCCCAGGUUGUAACCUGGCCCUGACGCAGAGGGCCCCGGGAAGAGGAGAGGAUAGGAUCGUCUCCUGCUUCCUUAUCAACUGUGUCUAUGAACAGGAAUUCGCCUGUAAAUUCGCCAGGAGAGAGGGCUUUAUCAACUAUGUCACCAAAGACGUAUACAAAAACUAUGUGGCUCAGAGGGAGCACGCAGAUGGUGAGGACCGGCCUCCAAUAGCCAGGGCUGGUCCAGAUGUGAAAGUGCAGCCCAAGAAAGAGGUUAUCUUGAGCGGGAUUGAUAGCUGGGACAAGGAGGGGAUUAACCACUAUGAAUGGCAUUUGCUGAAUGGGGAUCCCUCUGUAGUUAUGCAGGAUGACGUGUCUGGCCAACCAGAUUCUAUUCGCCUGUUGGACCUUGAAGUGGGACAGUAUGUGUUUCAGCUUAUUGUGUACGACACUGCUCAGCAGCAUAGCUCAGCCACGGUAACCGUGACCGUCCUGUCGGAGGAGCAAACAGAAGAACACUGUCUUGCGCCAAAGAAGGUGGGACGAUGUAGAGGUUCCUUCACUCGGUGGUGGUACAAUGCAGAAAAUGGAAACUGUGAGCAAUUUACAUAUGGAGGUUGCAAAGCAAAUAAGAAUAACUACCUCAGGGAAGAAGAAUGUAAUCAAGCUUGUACCAACAUGCCAGGUCCUCCUGGUCCCCUUGGUAGGAGACUGCAACCAGUGUGCAACGGGCAGUGCCUCGCUACACAGUUUCAGUGCAGUGACGGCUGCUGUAUUGAGGCUGGCCUGGAAUGUGAUGAGACUCCAGACUGCAACGAUCAUUCUGAUGAGAUUGCUUGUGAAAAAUAUGAUAAAGGGUUUAAGAAGCUGCAGACACUGGACAUUCCCAAUAAUAAAGCACGUUGUGUGGAAUUUCCAGAAACUGGUGGCUGCCGUGCUAGCUUCACCCGUUGGUUCUAUGAUCUAGAAACCAUGCAGUGUUUGAGUUUCACUUUUGGUGGCUGCGGUGGAAAUGAGAACAAUUUUCAUAGUCAAGAGGAAUGUGUACACUUUUGUCAAGGAGUUACACAGAAUGAUGUAUUUGGGAGUGUUGGGAGUAGACUUGGCGGAAAUGAUUCUCUUGAUGGAAGCACAGGCUCUGCACAGAUAGCCAUUGCAGUGUUCCUUGGAAUCUGUAUCCUGGUUGUCCUAGCAGUAAUUGGAUACUUUGUCAUGAAGAAAAGGAAGAGCAACACCAACCGGAGACGGCAGCCAACGCCGAACAGUUCCCCUAUCUCCACCACUGAAGACACUGAGCACCUGGUGUAUAACCACACCACCAAACCGGUGUGACCAGACACUCCACAUCUAGAAGUGAAUCUGCCAAAAGACUCUCAACACUCCAUUCUGCAGCCUAGUCUACAACAAUCACGGCUGGGUUAUGUCGUUAACCCCUUCUCUGCCAAAAUAACCCCCCCCCCAAAAAAAAACACUUACAAAAGAGUCACAAUCUCUGGCAGGGAAGGGGUUAAACAUGUCAAAGUGGCUUUACAUUCCUAAAGAAUGGUUUUUAUUUUGUUUAUUGUGAAGCAAAUAACUUUAACGUUAAAUUUACUGAUGUUUUGUAGAUCACUUUAGUAAUAUAAAGAAAUAUAUUUCUGUAUGUGAUUUCAUAGAUGGGAACUAUGCCUUGUAAGAUGAACUGCUGGAGCAGCUCAAAAGACAAUAGAUGUACUUUUUUUUAGGGGGGGGGGGGGUUUAAAUAAAAUCUGUAAUAUUGCAGGUUUUCAGAUGUUAAUACAAUUCAAUGCACUGUUCUGUUGUGUUGAAGAGCUGAGAGGGGCAUAAAGGAGCAGUGACAAAAAAUGUUCUAAUGCGCUAGAACAUUUUUAUUAUUGUGGUAUUACUUUAUUAUAACUGUGUUUAACCCCCUGCAUAAGAGUAAAAAACUGCCAACUCAUUAAUAUGUGCACUAAUGGUCCAUUGCUGAACAUGGCCACUGAGCCAAUCGGGGGCAACUUAUGUGUAUAGCUGCCAAUUAGAAGCUGUGCUUAGCUCAGGAUUGGAAGUGGGUUUGUGCUCCAGAGCUGGCUCUUUGUAGGGGCUCACACAGGCAGCAGCAUGAAAACCACAUACGGAGGAGGCUGACCAAGUCUAUAUCCAAAGCAUAAGAAAUCAGUCAUCUAGCUUCCUCAGUUAAGAAUGACCUUCAUUCAAAACAUUGGCUCCAACAACAUAGCAACGUUUUGGCUUAACCAAUGUCCUUAAUUAUGCGUAUCCAACAAUAACCCCAUAUGUGUUUAAAUAGUUUCAAAAUGUACAUAUGUGUUUAAAUAGUUUCAAAAAGUACCAAAAUCACAACCAUUACAGUACAACAUCACCACAUAGUGGUCAUAAAUGAUAUCACAAUUCUAUAAUCUCCUAUGUAUUUACACAAUAUGUAUGUAUAAAACACCUUCUAGAGAUACAUCUAUAAUUUCUAUACAUCUAAAAUAAGCCAUUAAAGGAAAUAAAAUUAAAAACAAAUGUUGAUUAGCUUUUAAUAUUUACAAUGUACAUCAAUCAUAAAACAGUUUACCAAAAAAAACAAAACAGUCCUGUCAAAUUCACAAUGCAUCCCCUUUGGAGCCAUUAAAUCUAAAUAAUAAAUCCAGUACAUGACCUUAUUUUUUUUUUAUCAAAGCCUCUCUAUCGCCCCCUCUUUUUUAGGCAUCUUUACGUCCUCAAUAAUUUAAAAUCACAAAUCACUUAUAUUAUGGCCCAUUUUGAGGAAAUGUGAAGCUAUAGGAUCAUCCAUAUUUUUGCAGCAUGUGCUAGAUUUACACCCUGAAAUUCUAUUAUGUACCAGCCUAGUAGUCUGACCUACAUAUAUAAUGUAACAUGGACAUUUAAUAAUGUAGACUACAUGUUACAUAGAGGAUAUUAAAAUAUUUGUUACCGUUGGAAGCAAUCUCCUUUUAAUCAUUGAAUUACAGUUGAUACCACAUUUUUGUAGGGGUUAAAUAAACAGUUCUAUUUAGGCAGUAAGGCAAUAAUAAGAUACUGUAGCAUAUUACCGGUCCCUUAUGUCCCUUUUAAUCUAGCAAUUUGCCUAUGUUAAGUGUUUUCUUCUGGUUGGGAAAAGUGCAUUGAACCAUUUCCUGUUUUAACUAUGUAAGUUUAAUAGCUUUACACCCAAAUUUUAGUGCUGCUAAUACAUAUUAUUUUUUUUUCUUUUUAACUGUAUAUUUUGUUUGUAUGUAUAUAUAUUUUCCCUUGUGUUUUGCUUUUUAUUGUUCAACAAAAGAAAGUCCUCUCAUAGUGAAAUACUUUUAUGAUAUAAUAAAAUUAAGGAUAAAAAAAAUAAACUAAAAAUAUUUAUUUUAA